AUGAAGAGACAGCAGAGGAAGGAGAACAAGGUCUCGAAACACAAGCUCGGUUUUCUUACUGAAAUCAAAACCCAUGUAGCUGUAUUCCCCUCGGCGAAUCCUGCUCAAUCGAAUACGUUUACGGGGAGGAGCUCUGUUGAUAUUGAUAUGGAAACAGUGAGAAAUACAGAUUCUGCCGGAUAUUUCGUUUCAGAAACCAACUCGAAGAAAUUAGACAGCCUCAGGAAAGCAGUUGAAGGGAGCGACUCUAUUGUCAACCCCAUGUCAAGAAUUGACAAGCUUUCUCGGCUUGUUGACGAAGGAUCUUCAACCUUCCGGGCGUUGGGGAGGAAGGGGAGUCAAAGCGAACAUCGAAACGACGGUGAUCAAGAAACAUCUCUCUUCUCAAGUAUUUACAGGAGCAGAAGGUCGUUUGUCAGCGAGAGAGAAAGAGAGCUCGUCGAGGCUGUAGAGGAGGUGCGGCGAAGUGCACCGGCGAAUGAGUCGAUGCGGUACAGCGCUUUCAAGGAAGACCCUUCCAAGCCGAUCAUCCAGACAGAUGAACAUACGAGGGAGGACUUGGAUGAACUAUGGACCGACUUCCAGUCUCGGUUGGAGACGAAUUUACUAGGAAAGGAACGUGAUUCAGAUUCCUCAGAGUCAAUAUUGAAGAAAUUGCGAAUGGAGCACGCUUCCACCGAAGCCAAAAUGACUUCAAACACAUACAACUCUGUCUCUCUGGCCGAUUCUCUCCGAGAGUUCACUGACAACAUGGACGGAUUCACGUGGGAACAGAACGAGAGACUCAAGGCAGAAGAGCUCGAACUGCAAGCCCGCAUGGACCCGCGUUUCUACACCCUCCAUACAGCACAUGUCAACCUCACUGAGGAGCAGAUCGAGGAGACCAUUGCUUCUGGAGCAGACAUCAACCUGCCGAUGCCGUUCUACAAGUUUUAUGAGCACUCGGAGGAGAGUUCAGAGUACCAAGAGGACGCUGGGAAGUACGAUGUGGAACUGGGGGCUGAGAUCAAUGCUUUGGACUCUAUGACGAAGAAAGGAAGGCUAUUUUGUGAAGAAUCCCUUUUCGAUCAGUGGAGGAAGCCCAAGAGCGAUGAAGAAUCUCGCAAGAAAUGGAACCUGCAAUACAACAUGACGGCGCUUCAUUGGGCUUCCAUGAUGGGCCACAUCGAGUGUGUCAGAACCCUUUGCCAGCUCGGCGCAAACGUCACCAUGGUUGACGUGCGGAACAGGACGGCGAUAGAGAUCGCAGCCUACCGGCAGCUCGUGGACCCUCCGAACAACUUCACGACCAUCUUGUCGAUUCUCAAGGAGCAUCUCAAGAAGCAGGUUGGAAGCGAUUGGCCUCGAUGGUGGCCGGCCUUGUGUGACGAUGGGCUCAAAAAUUGGACGAUGCCCGAGACAAUGGAGCAAGCUGAGAAAGAAUACCCGGAGAUCGUCAAGCUCGCGAACGACUUGGUGGCGUCCGGGACGAGGGACUUUGACGUUGGUGCUUCCUUGCAAGAUUACGUUGAGUGA